AUGAGAACGGCCCUUUGGCUGGGCCGUCUCUGUCCGAAACCCACAUCUCAACUAUGUCGCUCUCUGCUUGGUAGAAUCCCCCCUCCCUCUUCCGCUGGUCACCCGCACCUCAUACGCCAAUUAUGCCGUCAACACCAUGGCCGGAAACCCCUUCACCACCAUCACUUUCCAUGGCGGAGCUACUACCACUCCCCUCGCCGCCCACAUACCUGGCCCAAGACAAAAUAUUUCCUAUUGGCCGCCGCUCUAACUCCAGCUGCCUUCCUCCAGCUCGCUGAAAACGGCAUCGAGGAUGACACCACGACCGCGGAGAGCGAGAUGCUCGCCGCAUCCCGCGAGGAAGCGCGGCGGGUGGUUCCAGACGACCUGCAUGGCAUCGUCGGGUUCUGCCGGAGUGUAUAUGUUUUCGUGGAUCGGUAUGUUGUGGAGCCCGUCGCGACGGCGCUGCGGAUUUUGUAUCUCGUUGCGAUUUUUGUGCCAGUGAUUGCCACUGUGCCGGCAAUUUGGAUUGGUCGGAGAGUGAAGCAACGGGAUGGGGAGAGGAGUGGGACACUUUGGUGGUAUGGGUUUUUAGUUGGGGGGAUGGAGAGGGCCGGGCCGGCGUUUAUUAAGCUAGGUCAAUGGGCGGCAUCGCGGUCUGAUAUAUUUCCCCCAGAGUUGUGCGCGGAGCUGUCUUCACUACAUUCGGACGCUCCAGCUCACUCAUUACAUGCUACAAAGCAGAUUAUAAGCAGAGCUUUCGACCUGCCGUUUGAAGAUAUUUUCGAAGAAUUUGACGAGAAGCCCCUAGGGGUUGGGGCUAUUGCACAAGUAUACAAGGCAAAGCUGCGUCCGGAUCUUGGUGUGCAGGAUAAAAUAGCUUUGGAUGAUAAGCCGCAGAACCUGCGCGCUAAAUUGAAAAGGAAUGUGGAUACAUUGGUUAAGAGCAGCCCGCAGCGGGUGCCUUCGUCGUAUGUUGCAAUAAAAGUACUACAUCCUCAUGUUCAGAGAAUUGUGCGGCGAGAUCUCCGGAUCAUGACCUUUUUUGCACACCUAAUCAAUGCAAUUCCUACACUGGAGUGGUUUUCUUUCCCGGAUGAAGUAAAGCAGUUUGGAAACAUGAUGCGACUUCAACUGGAUUUGCGGAUUGAAGCUGCAAACCUCCAGAUUUUCCGUAACAACUUUAAAUCGCGGACGACUGCAUGGUUCCCAUAUCCAUAUUCUGAGUAUGCAACCAGGGAGGUACUGGUUGAAGAAUAUGCCCAGGGCAUCCCGCUAUCUACAUUCCUGGAGAGCGGUGGGGGCGUAUACCAACAGGAAAUAGCCCGUGAGGGACUCGAUGCCUUCUUACACAUGCUUCUUAUCGACAACUUCGUCCAUGCGGACCUCCACCCCGGCAACAUCAUGGUCCGUUUCUACAAACCAGGUCAUCUCGAUCUCUCUCUCAAGACUUACCAACCAAACACGCCCGCUAGAGAUAAAACCCAAGUCGAUGAAACAGAAUCAGUGCUCGACCGUCUCCGGCCUCACCAAGGGGACCCAGAGAAGUGGAAUGCUGUUCUCUCAGAGAUCGACAAGGAAGGUUAUCGGCCGCAACUCAUCUUCAUUGACACAGGCCUCGUCACUCAGCUUAACGGUCACAACCGUCGCAACUUCCUCGACCUGUUCCGUGCAGUGGCUGAGUUUGACGGGUACAAAUCUGGCCACCUAAUGGUGGAGCGAUGCCGGCAACCGGGCGCUGUGAUCGACCCGGAGAUAUUUGCUCUGAAGAUGCAGCAUCUCGUAUUGGCGGUGAAGGGGAGAACCUUUGCGCUAGGCAAUGUCAAGAUUGGCGAUGUUCUGAGCCAGGUGUUGUAUAUGGUGCGCGCCCACCACGUGCGGCUUGAGGGAGAUUUUGUCAAUGUCGUCAUAUCCAUCCUUUUACUGGAAGGGAUUGGGCGGAGUAUGGACCCCGAGUUGGAUUUGUUUAAGAGCGCACUCCCCAUCCUCCGGCAACUUGGAGCUGGCACGACAUUGCUCAAAUCCGUGCGGGAGGGCGAUACGUCGAUGCUGAAGGUAUGGGUUGGGCUUGAGGCGCGGACAUUUCUGCAAGCGAGCAUUGAGAGUGUGGAGAUGUGCGUUAAGUAUGAUCUGCUCUCACCAAAUAUUUGA